CGUCUCUCUUCGGCCCCAUCACCCACACUCGAGAGCGCUAGCGAGCGAGCUAAUGGCGUUGGCCUCCUUUGUCUCCGUCGCCCUUCUGGCUCUUCUGGCGCCGGUGACUGCGCGCAUUCCCGGUUUGUACGCCGGCGGCCAGUGGCAGAAUGCCCACGCCACCUUCUAUGGCGGCAGCGACGCAUCCGGGACCAUGGGAGGGGCGUGUGGGUAUGGGAACCUGUACAGCCAGGGGUACGGGGUGCAGACGGCGGCUUUGAGCACGGCGCUGUUCAACGAGGGGCAGAGCUGCGGGGCGUGCUUCGAGAUCAAGUGCGCGGGCGAUCCGCAGUGGUGCCACGGCGGGAGCCCCUCCAUCUUCAUCACAGCCACCAACUUCUGCCCGCCCAACUACGCGCUCCCCUCGGACGAUGGCGGGUGGUGCAACCCGCCCCGCCCUCACUUCGACCUCUCCAUGCCCAUGUUCCUCAAGAUCGCCGAGUACCGCGCCGGCAUCGUGCCCGUCUCGUACCGAAGGGUGCCGUGCAGGAGGUCGGGAGGGAUCCGGUUCACCAUAAAUGGGUUCAAGUACUUCAACCUGGUGCUGAUCACCAACGUGGCCGGCGCCAGCGACAUCGUGCACGCCAGCGUGAAGGGGUCCCGCACUGGUUGGAUGCCCAUGUCCCGCAACUGGGGCCAGAACUGGCAGUCCAACGCCGUCCUCGUCGGCCAGUCCCUCUCCUUCCGUCUCACCGGCAGCGACCGCCGCACCUCCACCUCCUGGAACAUCGUCCCCUCCAACUGGCAGUUCGGCCAGACCUUCGAGGGCAAGAACUUCCGGACCUGACAACCCAUUCCCGCGAGAACUUCUCCACUAGUAAUAGCAGUAGUAUGUGUUAGUAGUGAUGUCUGUGUGAUUCGCGCCAAGCUUUUUGAAUUCGGCGGUGCGACAAUGGUAGUAGAUAUAUGCUCCUUGGAAUUCGUGAAAGCAGAAGCAGGGGAGAGGGAGAAGAGGUGUUUGUGAUGUGCCUUUUGACCGUAGGUGAGCGGGGUGGAAGAGUAGGGGAUGGUGCAGUUCUCCAGGUAGUGGGAAGAGAAAGAGAGAGUACAGAGUAUGUAGUAUGCGGUAGCAGAGGCUGAAGUGGCUGCAGACGGACAAAGAAAGUGAUGUGGCCCGCAGUUGCUGAUAUUGAUAUAUCUGAAUUGUCUCAUACUGAGAGACUUCACGAUGCUUGUGAUGUGACUCCUUUAAUUUGAUGAUCACCUUUGAAGCUUCAAAAUA